AUUUUUAACAUCCAUGAACUAUCUACAUCCAAAUCAUAUUUCUUCUGAUACCCAGAAACUAUAGCAAAAAAAGGAUCUGACGAAGUGUGUUCAUUUCUCCAUCACUAUAUAUUUAACAUGCUUGAUAAAAAUACUCGAGAACUAGUGAUAUUUUGUGAUUCCUGCGGUGGGUAAAAGUGAUUCGUGAAGCUAGACAGAAGCUAUGCCCCUUUAAUGUGAUUGAAGUUGAUCAACCGCUUGUCAGAAAAUGGACAACCUUUCUAUCCCCAAUGUAUAAGAAGACAUGUCCUUUUUUAUCUCGACCCAUAAGAGAAAUCAGAGUUGAAAAGGAUCAUCCAAGAUUGAUUUUUCACAGAGAACAUUACAAUUCCUCUUGGACGUCAUCUAUUCUCAUGGCACCUAAAAAAAAGUUGAAAUCCCAUAAUGACUCACAUAGUGCUGGUGAGUUUGUACUGCCAGAUCAAUCCUAUGAAGACAGCCUUCCAGUUUCAAAGGCAAAAUUUAUGGACAUCCAGGCCCUGUCAAAGUUUUGUGGACCAAAAGCUAAGCAAUACUUCUCACAGAUAAAAUAAUUAUAUUGAUAAUUAAACAAUAAAUAAUAAUAUUUCAUGGACAUUGCAUAUUAUUUGCCUGUAUUUUCUGACUUUGAAACUGAAAAGAAAGAACUUGUUCAAAAACGUUUCAGGGAGGAGUUGGGAUUAAUCGUCGACAAACCUCGGCAAGUUAGUGGGAAUACGAACGAUGGCAAUACCGCACGAAAAUUCUUCUAUAAUAGCACUUGCUUAUCGGAAAUAACAGGUGUGGAUGUGGCAUUGAUUAAACGCCUAUACAUUAUCUUGCAAGUUCUUUCUUCUGGAAUGAUGAUCGACCCUGAAAAAUUUGGGGAAUAUGCAAUAGAAACUACAAGAAUCUAUGUAAGUAACGAUUGGUAUUAUAUGCCAUCCUCCGUUCAUAAAAUACUCAUACACGGGGAAAACGUUAUCAAACAUUUUGCGGUGCUUCCUGUUGGACAGCUAUCGGAAGACGCACUAGAGUCUCGCAACAAAGACUACAGAAACAUACGACUUCAUCAUGCCAGAAAAUGUUCCCGAUCUGCUACAAAUGAAGUUGUCUUUAAAACGCUUUUAUACACGUCAGAUCCAUAUAUAACAAGUUUGAGGAAACCGUACGUAAGAAAUGUAAAAGAACUUGAAGAACAGGCACUAAGGCUUCAUACGCACUAUGCGGUUACUCGCAAUGCGGCUAGCCGUCCGGCUGACCGCAAGUACAAUUAUGUACGUAAUAUUCAUUUCUAUGCGCACUGCGAUGCGGCUGCCCGCAGACCGCUCCGGUCGCUCGGAGUGCUGCGGCCCGAGUGACGGCCACCCGCACGGUUGCUAUACGCACUGUGCGGGUCAGUUUGCGGCUGCCCGCCUUUGAGUGUGCACGUGGUACGUCUGCUAAAAUGGAAUUCGAUACCGAAAAAUUUAUCAUCGAAAUCCAGAGUCGGCCAGCAAUUUGGAACACCAAAUUACCAGAGUAUUCUGAUAGAAUAUUAAAACAAAGAGCAUGGGAAAAGUUAGUGCAUAUUUAUCACGGUACGGAAUUGACAAAGGAGGAAAAACAAAAACUAGGUAAUUAUCAAAAUCAUUUUAUUGAUUAUCCAAGGCCUAAUUCUUACCGGGGAUAUCAAACGUCACAUUAUUCUGGUAAUAGUCCCUAUUCUCACCGUACAAACUUCUCGGAGGUUGGACGAGGGAAUACCCAUCAUGGAUAUCAAACGGCACAAUAUUCAGGAAGUAAUGUCUACAUGCAGCCUGUGCAGUCUGCGGAGUUUAGACGAGACACAUCUCAAGAAAUUGUGAGGAAUCCGACGAAUGCACAAUCGCCAAUUUCAACUGUCGAAAGCGAAAAAUCUCGGAAUAGUGAUUAUCUGGAACUUUUUAAUUCCAUCACUGACGAUGAUGCUUGA